UGCAGCCCUAUUGGAUACCUAUGGAAGCUUUUCAGUCAUCGUAAAAUCGUGGAGAGCUGUACCGUCAACAAAUUCUCAGCCUUGUAGAGCUAACGCCGGUGGAUCGAAUGACUUCUCUUCCUUCGUUCAUGACCAACGUCAAAGCUUCAAGCAGGCUUCCUUUCGUUGACGAUCUAAACAUAGUUGAAGCCAUGAUUAAAGGAACAUGUUCGCCUCUGCUGUUCACUUUCAACCCAUCUCCUUUUCGCAUUCUCAUAGAUACCCCCAGUCAUCAUGAAGACCAUUUCCUUUGCUGUAGCCUGCUUGGCUUCUGUCGUUUCAUGUAAAUUUGGGCCUUCCCACGCACGAAACCCUGCUGUACCAGCCAGUGCAGCUGCUUCGGAUUCCAUCACUGAAGCAACUUUCGAUCAAUUGAUCGAUCACUCAAACCCAUCAUUGGGCACCUUCAAACAACGCUAUUGGUACAGUACCGAGUACUGGAAUGGAACUGGAUCACCAGUCAUUGUUUUCAAUCCUGGAGAAGAAGCCGCUGAUGGCUUCACUGGUUAUCUCGAAAUUGGAACUCUCACAGGUCAAUACAUUCAGGCUGUUGGCGGCGCCGGUAUUGUCAUUGAGCAUCGUUACUGGGGAGAAUCAUCACCAUAUACCGAUCUAACUCCUGCGAAUCUUACAUACCACACUGUCGCACAAUCCGUUCAAGACAUGACAAACUUCGCCAACAAUGUCCAAUUACCCUUCGAUAAGAGUGGCAACAGCAAUGCAGCCAAAGCUCCAUGGGUUCUCGUCGGUGGAUCAUACUCAGGCGCCCUCUCUGCUUGGACUGCCACGACCGCUCCCGGAACGUUUUGGGCUUACCACGCCUCAAGUGCACCCGUCGAAGCGAUCGAGGAUUAUUGGGGCUACUUCUAUCCAAUCCAGCAAGGAAUGCCUGCCAACUGUAGCAAGGACAUAUCGACAGUGAUCAGUCAUGUCGAUAGCGUCUUGGCAAAUGGUUCAAGCUCAGACAAAUUGGCUCUGAAACAGAUGUUUGGACUCGGUACGGUGGAGCACGAUUCGGACUUCGCCAGAGAGCUAGUCAGCCCAAUAUAUCUUUGGCAAUCGUCGAUCUCAGACUUCCUUCCAUUCUGCGACUACCUUGAGGGCGUCACAGCUGGCCAAACAAAUCUUCCUGGUCCAAAUGGAGUCGGACUUGAUGUUGCAUUGUCCAACUAUGCGUCGUACAUCAACGGCACGUCUGGCUGCUCUGCAUCUGAUUGUUAUGACUCGUAUAACAAGGACGAUUCCGAGUACACGAACACCGUUCUCGACCCCACUGGAGGUCCAGGAAGGCAGUGGCAGUGGCUCCUGUGCAAUGAAGCUCUCGGAUAUUGGCAGACAGGUGCCCCAACCAACCAAACAACCUUGGUCUCGCGCUUUGUUACCGCAGAGUAUUACCAACAAGAAUGUAACUUCUACUUCCCUGGCGUCCAGUUCGGCCUCACUGAAGAUAAGCACAAUGCCGACUUUGAGGGGUGGGAUGUUACCAAAACCGAUCGAUUGAUGUUCUCCAAUGGUGAAUUUGACCCUUGGCGGUCAGCGGGCGUGUCUUCUGCCUUCAGACCUGGAGGUCCAUUGGCCAGCACACCUGAGAUCCCAGUUUUCAUUGUUCCAGACGGAAUCCAUGUUCAAGAUCUGUACAUGAACGAUGUUACGCCAGCGAUCUUGGACCUCCGAAAGCAGGAACUCGCACAGAUGGUCUCCUGGAUUGAGAGUUACUAUCAAGGAAGCAACUCCUCGACUACCAGCAAGGCUACGACAUCGACUUCAAAAGCCACUUCAACUCAAAGCCCUACAAUGACAACAUCUACUCGAAGCAGCACCACAUCGAUGACCACUACCCAAGCUCCUCACAGUACAACGGUCACGGAAGUGAUCUCAUCGACUACCAUAGUCGAUUGUGAAAGUGAGACAUCCAGUGCUAUUCAGGCGCGAUCAACUAAGAUCGCCAGGUCAUAUCGUGCUUGAUUUAGCGUUUCCUUCAUUGCAUUGGAAGGGGUCAGGAGUUAUAGCAUAGAUAGCGGUUAGGGUUGAUCUCGGAUAGGGUAUGGUAUUACAGCAUAAAUGAUAGCAUUAAAAGGGUCUGAGCAUUUUAGCGAG